AUGGUCGUGGCAGUCCCUACCAAUGUGUUUGACCCCGAGAAUUAUGCAAAAGUAGAUGUAAUAUUCUCCGAUGUUGUCGUGGCUGGAUUAUACCUGGAAAAUCCUGCAGCCUAUUGCUUCAGAUCUGCUCCAGCCACUGGGACACUUUCUUUCAAAUAUGACUUCUCCGAUGCUGCUUUCAACCUUUCUUUCGGCUCCCAGGGAAUUUCAAAUCCACUACAGCAGUCAACAGUCAACGUGAUGAAGAUGGUAGACCCUGCACACCUGCGUGAAGUAUUAGGUGCUGUGCUCAGAACCGCGAAUAACAGCAACUCUGAGAUAUAUACCAAGGCUCUUACCGAACUGGGAUUAAAUGCCUUGGUCUCCUCGACUGUGACGGCUGCUGCAAGGCCACAAGAAGGCCGAGGCAUCUCAAUGGUCGUCAAGACGCCCAUGGGAUCUAAACUCGUUGAAGCGUCCAAGCUUCUAAUUACCGUUUCCCCAACUUUAGACAAUAUGAGGCCGUUUAACUUGAACCUAGAGGAACUUCAAAUUUUCUCGCAGUGGACCUCUAUGGGCCCGUCACAUAUGACGCAGUUGGCAGUCGAGCAAGCGGCUAUUCGGGCCAUUCAGAACCUACAGAAAGCACAGAACUUUACAAUUACAACCCCCAGCUUUAUAAAAUUCAAAUCUCACACGCCUUUCAAGCUGGGUGCGUCAGCCCAGGCUAUCCGAGAUGGUUUCUACCGUGACCUAUAUGCGCUAUAG